UGAAAUGUUUCCUUAUUAAACAUCUGAUGAGUUCUGAAUUAUUCCUAAACCAACUUCUCAGAAUUACAGAUCUCAGAGAACGGGGGAAAUAAACAAGAAAAUGGCAUUCGAGAUAUCAAUAUAUGAUUCUCAGAGAUCACUGAUUGAUUCAAGUUGGAUGCAGACCAGUAAUGAGCUCCACCGGAUGCUUGCAUCAUCCCAACCAGAGUAACAAUGCAUAAAAACCCUAUCUUCGUUUUGCAUAUUGAAAGAUUCUCCAUCACAGAAAACUUGAGAAAAUUCAAGCACCAAUCUUGUUACCAGCAUUCCUUAGUGGGGUUUCAGAUGUCAAGCAAUAGCACUUUCCUAACUUUAAUACACAAACUUUUCAGACCCAAUCCUUUGCUUUCUGUGUUCCUCACAUCACAUGCUUCACCUCUUCAAAUUAAUCACUACAAAACACCAACAUGUGUGCAGGCAACCAAUCAGAAGACUGUCUCCACAAAACUGUCACGUGAUUUCCUGUGCUUAUUACACGACAAGAGGCGGUAGAUCCAAACUCUUGUUGUAAUAUUCUUGUGCUCUUCGAAUCUUGAUGUGGCUUCUCUAUUUUUCUUCUAGCUCGGUAGCCAUGGUCCCCUGUUCGACGGCCUCAAAUUUAAAUGUGAUCUCUUAGACUUGCAAAAGCCAGCUUCUUCGAACUUUCUGUAUUAGUCCCACUGAGUCCAUAUAUAAUUGGUCUGAGAGUUUGCAGGUUGCUUGGCCAGCAUAAAAGUUGAUCACCUACGUAGCACAGACUGAAGAGGGAAGCAUGGUUUUGCAAGAGAUGUUCAGUUCAUAUAAUGCAACAAGUAAGCUCUAAUUACUUCUAUAUACAGAUAGUUGCAUUGAGCCAAACAUGUAUGAUUAACAAUAGAAACAUCUUCAUGUCACACAGGCAUACUCAAAGCAGGUAGAAGCAUAAUUUGCUGCUUUUGACAAUUAAUGAUCAUAAUCAUAAUUAGUUGUUGUAUUAUCAUAGUAGAAGCAAGAAUUUGAUUCCAGACAGCUUAAAUGACAUAUAUAAUUUAUGAUGUUUCUAACUUCAGUUUCAAAGUUCUUAUUGCUGAUCUAUUUCUAAUGUACAUGUAUGCUGUAUGCAAUCGCCUUCAUGCUGUUCAAAUAAGAUUCCUUCUUCAAA